AUGGGCUACAGCCCCCAACAUUCUCCCGAGUCUACGCAGGAUCCGCUACCGGUGAUAGCGCCCGCCUCGACUGACUUCCAACGAGUUCCUGAGGCUAGAGUUGAAAACUCUAUUCCAGAUGAUCUCUUUUUAUCUCCAACAUCGGUCACCGAGAGCCUAGAGAGUCUGCUUGGGGCCGGCGACUUGUUUAGCUCUGCCGACUGGUCCGAAUGGCCAUGGAUAUAUGAUGGCAUGUUGAUAGGCGUGGAUCCGGUGGUGGAAGGAGCGACAAACCUUCCCACCGGAAACGAGCCGACGGACCUCGGGCAGAUCACCCCAACAAGCAGCCGUGACGUUGUUCUAGCACAUACCUAUGCCAUGCCCGCUAGGAGCGAAUUGGCCGUUCGAGAGAGCCAGGAGGCAGAACACAACUCUUUUCAACGCCUAUCAGAACGAACUGAGCCAUCGCUCCAGCCCGUCAGUGACAUAGAAAUCCAGCACACUGUGAUUGAGAGCCAUAUCGAGUUUGCCACAAUGACAGACAGGGAUCCCGGAAAACCAGACCAGAGGGCCCGCAUUCAAGCUCGUCACGAUGGGUCAAGAAAGGUCGAAAAUGCCUUCGGGCUCGAAGGCCACGGUUCGAACCCCGGGCUCAAAUCUCGACACAUCCUCGACCAGUUUGUGUCACUCUUCUUCGAGCACUUUCAUCCCCAAUGCCCUGUUUUCUGGGAGCAAGGGUUUGACUCGUACGCCAUCUCGCCCACCCUUUUUCUUAGCAUGGUCUCCAUCGGCGCCAUGUACGCCGGCGAAAAAGCUGCUCGGUAUGGAAGGAUGCUUCACGAUCGAUUGAGGUCGCAUUACGCCAAAACCGUCGUACAAGACUCAGACGAGGGUAAAAUGACCGUGUUUUUGUUAUUUGGCUUCCUUACCUUGGGAGCCGAGCUCCUACUUGGCCAGGACCCGACAUUCUCCCAUGCACAUCAUAUCAACAGCAUCUUGGUCUCGCAGUGCCGCAGACUAAACCUCUUCAAUGACCGUUAUGUCCCAAGCCAGCACUUCAGUAACUAUCGACCCCACGUCAACUGCUCCGACGCGAGGUUGAUGGAAUGGAUCGAAGCUAAUAUGCCGAUGAAGCGUGGACCUACACGGGCCAUGAUUGGCAACGAAGGUCACUGGAAGCAAGCGAUGGGGUAG